AUGUUGGCUGAUCUAUUCAUUGGUUUUGAAAACAAAAAAUUAUGGUUUCCAUGUAAGUAUUUCACUCUAAAUGCCGCUUCUCUCUCUGUGAUAGCUGUCGCAAUGAAGCUACCCAUGGAUCUAAAUAAUCAAAAGCUAGGUUCUGCAAAGUUCGCAAGCAUGGUAUUUAUGUGCACCAUGAUGGCCAACUUAUUGCCUUCCCUAGCAUCCAUGGAUGGCAAGGAACUUCUCACAAACAUCAUAGCUUUGGGUAUUUUAGUAAUCACCAUGGUUGUGAAUGUUUGUAUUCAAUUACAAACCGGUGUUCUACUUUAUAACAAUUUUUCUGUAGCAACCAUUGUUGUGGUUAUGUUGAUCUUGCUGCUUAUGAUAUAUAUGAGUUCAGCUUUAACAAUUCUGAAGUCUAAACAAAUACUGGAGUCAAAAUACCAAGAUAGUCAUGAAAAAGCUUUGAAUGAGUUAGCAGUGCAACAACCAGGACUACUAACGGUUAAGAAGCUAAAGCAACAUGUGAACAACCAUUGGAUCAUUGCAGGAACCGGCAACCCUCAGUUCAUGGUAGCAUGCUCUGCUACAAGCUCUGCUGCUGGGGUAAUAUGUGCUAUAACCACUGUUCUACUUUUUAUUGACAUUUCAUACAACCAUAAAGGUACAUGGUACCGUGAAUCAGAUUAUAAGUGGUCUACUACAGUAAUCUUCUCAAUGCAACUUUUAGGGGUACUUAUGGGUACAAUUGCCCCCGUUUCUAGAUGUUUUGCAUCCUUAAACUUAAAGUUUUCCACAAGAUGGAUUUGUAGCCAUGUCAAUGUCUUUAAAGUAGAGAGCUACUGUACACAGAAGCUAUACGAUUGGAAAUGGAGCAGUAUGCCAUUUUCAAUCAAAAGCCGGAGAUGCAAAAUAGUCAUUCACAAUAUGAAAGUACUAAUACUUAGUAUCUGUAUAGGACUUCAGAUGGCAAUUGUGGUAACAUGCAAGAUGGCAUCAUUAAUCCCAAUACCUUUUGUUAUCUGUGUUUUGUUCUGCUCCAAGUGGUUAAAGGCCAUGUUUAGUGCCUUAUGUUUUCUGGUAGAAGAAGAACCUCAACAAUUACAAGACAACACAGAUCUAAAGGAGUAUGUUUUGCAACUUCAAAAUAAUGUGGAGCUUGCUGAUAGAACACUGAAAGUCAUUUCAAAAUCUAUGAACCACUUGAUCCAAAAGUCCGAAAAGCAUCAACCUACUGAUCUAAUGAAGCUUCUGAAGGAAUCUAGCGGUUUUGAAGGAGUUGGAAUGUAUGACAUGCAUGACGUUCCACCUUCACUUGUAGAUGAAUACUUAGAUUGUUGGAGUUUGACGGUGGUAAAUCUGACAGCCAUUGCCAUUUCUCUUCCUAACAUCAAAAAAGACGUAGUUGAUAAGUUGUUGACCGGUGUGAGUGAAGGUCUUUCAUAUGUCAUACUUAUCGAAGAAAGCCUCAAUUCCAGUGAUGAUUAUGUAAACCUUCAAAAGGCGUCUAAAAUGUUAUGGCUAGAAGUUGAAGUGCACUACAAAUGGUUAGGAAACAACCUGCAAAACACUGCUACCCAAGUAAACUCGGCAGAACAAAUACUUCAAUGGUUCACGGAUACAGCUAAAAACCUGAUCACCAAGGUGGAAAAUGUGAAUGAUGAUGUCCCAAAUGAUAACUCCAUCCGUAGGUCUCUUUCUGCCAAUUCAAUGUAUCGCAUCACCCAAGCAAUCCUACUUUUCUACUAUGCCUAUAUUGACGAGGUAAGCCAAGAGCAACUAUUUAGGCGAUUAUCAUCAAUGAUCUCCGACAUAUUAGCUGCUUGUCUCACCAACUUACCCCAAGUCAUAGCAUUGAAAUGCCACACAAAUGCCAUUGAGAAAAGGGAGGCGAGUGUUCAUGUUGCAGCCCAACUUCUUGGUAAGACUAUGAAUAUAAUCGAUUACCUUCAAGAUCGUGAACUUCCAAACUUGAAUCCAGCUGAGUUGCCUUUUAUUAAAAAGUGGCACGAUUAUUUUAAAUGUCCCAUUCCUUAA